AUGAGAAAAGCUAAACUGGUGAAAGAAUCUCUUCUUAAGCAACUCGAAGCGAGGGAGAAGGAGCUUAGGCUACUUGAUGAAGCCGACAAAGAGAAGACGACAGAAGUGGAGAAGAAAGAGGAGAUCUAUGAAGAAACGGAGCAGAAAGCAAUACAAGCCGAGACUUGUAAGAGAUCCGGGGUGAAGUUGUUGGCAGAAAAGGGAUGUGAAGCUGAUUCUCUUACUCGUCCUGCAAAAAAGAGCAAAACACAGAGCCAAGAUGGUGCAGACAAGGAUCCUGGACAAAUAGAUGUUGUUGAUUCAGAGUUCCAUGACUUCAAAAAGACAAUGAGCUCUUUCGUGGUUGGUCAAAUAUGGGCCAUCUAUGAUCCUAGAGAUGACAUGCCUCGGUUUUACGCUAAGAUCAACAGAAUUUUCAAGUCUCGGUUGAGUCUUGAAGUGACAUGGCUUAGAUACAGAGAUGAAGAAUCAGUUCCCGUUGCUUGUGGGAGGUUCACGUACGGGAGUACAGAAACCCUAAGUCACCUGACGUUCUCUCAUGAGCUACAACACGUUGUACGUGGCAGGAACUUUGUGACUGUGAAUCCGAAAGAAGGUGAAACUUGGGCUCUUUUCAGAGACUGGAGCAAAGCUAGCCAGGAACAUCACAAGGCUCCUUAUAGGUACGACUUAGUGGAAAUCCUAGGCGUUGGGGUGUCCUAUCUCAGAAAGGAAAUGAAACUGUGA